UAUAAACUCACGUUAACUUUAGUUCUGUGCGUAAAGAGAGCCGGAGCGAUGCGUGCCAAACACCACGAAAGCCUCUCCUCGUGCGUAAAGCAGUUUUAAAGAGUUGGACACAGAGCUGCGUCAGGAUGCCUCGGCCCGGCAGGAACACCUACAGCGACCAGAAACCUCCCUAUUCCUACAUCUCUCUCACGGCCAUGGCCAUCCAGGGCUGCCCGGAGAAGAUGCUGCCGCUCAGCGAGAUCUACAAGUUCAUCAUGGACCGCUUCCCUUACUAUCGCGAGAACACGCAGCGCUGGCAGAACUCCCUGCGCCACAACCUGUCCUUCAACGACUGUUUCAUCAAGAUCCCGCGCAGGCCGGACCAGCCGGGGAAGGGCAGCUUCUGGGCCCUGCACCCGAGCUGCGGGGACAUGUUCGAGAACGGGAGUUUCCUGCGGCGCCGGAAGCGGUUCAAGCUGCUCGGAGGCCUUCUGCUAGCGGACCCUCUGGCGGUCAGCAGUAAGGCUCAGGAGUUCCUCGUGCAGCAGCAGCGCGAGGCCAAGCUGAGGCUCAGCGCCCUGCACGCGCACCUGCCGCCGGGCGGCUACACGAGCUCCUUGCCGUUCAAACACCCGUUCGCGAUCGAGAACAUCAUCGCGCGAGAGUACAAGAUGCCCGGUGGCCUCGCGGGCUUCCCCCCCGCGGGGUUCCCGCUGCACCACGCGCCUCUCCCCCCCCCCUGGUCGGUGUACGGCUCCGGGAUGAUGGACAGCAGCGACUUCCCGCCCUACAGCCUGCAGACUUUUCCCGCCAUCCCCGUGCCCAUCAAGCCCCCCCACGGGCACGGGGCCAUGCUGCACGCGCACCUCCCGGCCUUCCUCGCGCACUCCCCCGCGCGGUCCCCGCAGAGCCCCCCCGGAGAGGAGCUCUCUCCCCCCGCGGGGCUGCAGGUGUCGGUGCACUGACGGAACUCUUUUAUAUCCAAAAUGAACUCUUUAAAGAUGAUCAGCGUCUUCAUGUCCAGGAGUCUGAGAGGAAUGGAUGCGUUUCAUUUACAUGUUUUAUUUCUAAUAAGAAAUUCAUCAUCCUGUAAAGAAACAGUGUGUUCUGGACGGAACUCUUUUUUAUAUAAAACACAAACUCUUUAAAAAAAAAAGGGAAAGACUUCUUCAUGUCCCUGAGUGUUCAACAUGCAAAGAUGCGUUUUCAGUGAAUUCACGUUUUAUUUCUAAUAAGAAAUAAAUCCUGUAAAGACAGAGCGUGACCUCUGACCUCCAAACAGCAGAAAUAAGGACAUUUAUUUGAUUUCAUUCACUUCAGAGGCUUCCACGGUUCCC